ACCGUGGGCUCUCGCCCACCGCUCGCGAGUCCGCUGGACGGAGCGGUGCGUUGCGCCUCCACGCCGACGCCGCCGCCGCGCACUCCUCUUCCCCGCUCUUGUCCCCUCCUCACUUCGCCGCCCACCACGCCCAUGGCCGCCGCAGCCGCCUCCGCGCACUAGGCUCGAGCCCCGGGAUCGAGCGAGGCCAGAUGCUCUCCCUGGGCGCCCUCCACAAGCUCUGCGCAGCCUUCGACGCCGUCGCGCUCACCGUCAUCGCGGCGGGACUCUCGCGCCCGCCCUCGGGCCGCCACCCUUUCUCCUCCGCGCACGCGCACUCCCCGCACCCCGUCGACUUCCCCACCAUCGCUGCCUGCCGCGCUGCGGUCUCCGCCUCCAAGGGUGACCGCCGCCGCCGCCGCCGACCCGGCGGCGGCCAGCCCUCCCCCUCUUCCUCCCCCGCAGCCGCCGCAGCCGAGGAGAAGGCGGAGGAGGAGCAGCAGCAGCAGCAACCGGUGCUGGUCAAGAUCAAGCACGAGCGGGACCCGGAGCGGCUGUACCAGCUGUUCAGGACCAAUGCGCACAACCGCCUCCUGGUGGAGAACCGCUUCGCGUUCGAGGACGCGGUGGCGCGCCUGGCUGGUGCUCGGCGGAAUGACCUCGUCGAGGAGAUCCUCGAGCAGCACAAGGCGCUGCCCCAGGGGAGGCGGGAGGGGUUCGUGGUCAGGAUCAUCGGCCUGUACGGGAAGGCUGGAAUGCCGAGCCACGCGCUGCGGACGUUCCAGGAGAUGGGGAUGUACGGGUGCCCACGCACCGCCAAGUCGCUCAAUGCCACCAUGAAGGUGCUGCUGCGGGCACAGAUGUUUGAUGAGGCUCUGUGGCUGUUUGAGGAGGGGCCGGAGAAGUACGGGGUUGAGCUGGACGACAUCUCGUGUAACACGGUGGUGAAGAUUUACUGCGAUAUGGGGGACUUGCGUGCGGCAUACCGGGUUAUGCAGGGGAUGGAGGGGGCUGGUGUGCAACCGGAUGUCGUCACGUACACGACGCUCAUGGCUGCGUUCUAUAAGUGUGGCCAGCGCGAGGUUGGGGAUGGUUUGUGGAACCUCAUGAGGCUGAGGGGUUGUGAGCCGACACUUGCUACCUACAAUGUGAGGAUCCAGUUCCUGAUUAACAGGGAAAGGGGGUGGCAGGCGAAUGAGUUGGUGCGGAAAAUGUAUGCGGUGGGGAUCAAACCAGAUGAGAUCACAUACAAUCUAAUUAUCAAGGGUUUCUUCAUGAUGGGUGAGCAUGAGAUGGCCAAGACAGUCUUUGGCGCGAUGCAUGGGAGGGGAUGCAAGCCAAACAGUAAGGUUUACCAGACAAUGGUCCAUUACCUCUGUGAGAGAAGGGACUUCGAUUUGGCAUUCAGGUUCUGCAAGGAUAGUAUGGAGAAAAAUUGGUUUCCAAGUGUCAAUACUAUUAACCAGCUGUUGAAAGGCCUCAUGGCUAUCUCAAAGGAUAGGAAUGCGAGAGAGAUAAUGAAGUUGGUUACUGGGAGAAAACCUCCGUAUUCAGAUGGUGAAAUGAAGGUCUUCAAAGACAUAUUAUCUCAUAGGAAGACUGGAAGAUAAUUGAUAUCUGGAUAGGAAAUGUUGCUGUAAAUCCACCACUUGUAACUGUAAGGCUGUUGUUGACAUUCUUUCAUCACUUUGUUUUCAUAGUCAAAGUUGAAAUGAGGUAGAUCAAAGGGUUUCUUAUGUUGAACCAUCCUGUCGGCCUCCUCAGAUAACAAGAAGAAGUUAGUAUAAGUUAUAGAAAUUCCUUUACCUCUAGCAGAAAUAUCACGGAUGACAAGGACUUUAAGAGCUGAAGGUUCUGUUUUAUACUUUCCGUUAGCUAAUGUUUAGAAAUUUUCUAAAAAGGUUGCAAUCAUAAUAAUUCAACAUAACUACAUAAGAAUGUGUUGUUGGAGCAUUCAUCGGGAAAACAUAUGAGUGUGGCUGGAAGAAGGAAUCAGUGGUGCCACAGGUGUUGAGGAUAGAGUUUGGUCAGGAGUAUUAUCAUAUCAGUUCAGUAAUGGUUUGUUCUUAUUCAGUUAGAGUCUAGACUUUGUUUUAUACUUUUAGUUGGAGAAAAAUAAGAGUUUGUUAUUUAGCUGCACCUACUUAACAUCAGAGGCGUUCCAGUUGUAACCAAGAAGAAACAAAUUUGAUUCCAUCUAAACAGGUUGCUCAGAGCCCCCUUAUGAGGGCGAGUAUACCAUAUUUAUCUUCGGUGUCAGUGUUGAUGAAGUAAUGAAGUAUUCUGUGCAGUAUUUAAACCUAUGUUUGGGGAAAAUAUGAUCUUAUUAUUAUUUUUUAUUUUUCUAUUAUGUCAUCUCACCAAGAUAGAAUUGUCUACUUGUUAAGAAGAAGAAAUAUUUUAACUGUGCCGCAAAGUUUCUCUACCCUAAGAUUGAUGAUUCUUUUGACAUUGGUGAAAAGGCGUGGGACAAACCAAAACAAAAUCAACUGGAUUUGUUUCCAUUUUGUAGGAGCCAUAUGAUAGUACAGCUUUUUAAAUCUGUGCUGCAUGUUUCCUGUUAAAAAUAUUAAUUUCCUUCACAGCAAUGUUCAAAUUUGUGAUUGAUCAAUAACAGUUUUUGGUUACCAUAUAGUUACUACUUUUCAUCAGUCAUCACUGAAUGACCAAAAAGUAACUAACAUUGCAUGCUACUUGGUGUAUACACCUCUAUGAUGCAUUAGUUCAGAUUAUUAGUUAGUCAUGUACAUUGCUAAAAGUAAAAUAGACUAAUGUGACUAAGAUAAUAUCUCUUAGACCUGUGAAAACUUUGCACCUAGGGUAUGCGAUAUGAGUGAAAUGUUGUGAUUCUUAACAUGAUUGAAAUGAUGGACAUGACCUUUACAAUUAUACAUUACUCUUCUGAUUAUUUUAGUUGAUUAUUUUCAUUCAGUCAUCAUUAAAUUUAAAUCUUUUUUUUUGAAAAAAUAUCAUUAAAUUUAAAUCUACACUGGACAUUUCAUCAUAUUUUUGCUAAUAUGGGCACAGCUCUUUUACCCCCCUUCCACCUGUUGAUAACCAUGUAGCUUUUAAGUUCUAAUGUCUGCUACAUUAUUUGUUAAAUAUUGUUAAAAGGUUUCACAUGAGCGAUCUCAGAGAGAAUCCUGUAUUCCGCUGAAAAAAUGUGAAAUAUCAGCGAAUAACUGAAAGUUAAAAAAAUCAAAUAAAUCUAGGCUAUCUAUAUGAAACCCUACUUUAAAAACAUUUCAAUAGUGCUUAUCUUAAAAUCCUAGUUGUUUUUCACUGUUCUUGAAACAAAUUAUGAGAAACGAUGGGAAUUGGGAGGAGACUUUGAUUUGGCAUUCAGGUUGUGCAAGGAUAGCAUGGAGAAGAACUGGUUUGCCAGUGUUGAAAGGCCUCGUGGUGAUCUCUAAGAAUGCAAGAGAGAUAAUGAAGUUGAUUACUGGGAGAAAACCUUCGUAUUCAGAUGAUGAAACUGAUGGUCUUCAAAGACACCUUGUCUCAUAAGAAGACUGGAAUAUUAUCAUUUUUCCCUUUUAUCACUUUUCCCUUUUAGUUCUGCAAGCUCAGUGCUGUAGAAGUUUAAUCUAGGAUUGAUGAUUCUUUUGAUACCAGUAAGAAGGUACAUGAGACGGUCAUUUGAAUUAUUUUUUGUGAGCUUUUAUGAUAGUUAAAUUAGUUUUCAAAUACUUUUAUGUUAGCAGCUGCAGAAGAAGAAUUGAGAACUAAUAUAUGUACUGAGGCAUGAGGAAACUGGUGUAAUUGAUACUUGAGCCACUUGAGGUAUUUCAUAACCUCCCUUCUCAGCAAACUUGGUCAUAUUUACCUUCA